UUUGCCAUCGUUUUGAGGCGAGUUCAAAAAGGGCAACGCACUCAGAAAUGAAUGGUGUAUUUUGUGCAGUUAUUGCUUAGUAUAGUUACUAGCAUAAUGAGAAGAAGAUAAAUACUAUUUACUUGUAAUAAUCUACAAAAAGUUACAAUGGAAGAGCCUACCUUACGUUAUGAAAAAAUUGACUUCCUUGGAGAAGGCCAAUUUGCAACCGUGUACAAAGCAAGAGAUGUGAAAACUGACAAAAUAGUGGCUGUGAAGAAGAUUAAAAUAGGUUCUCGUUUGGAGGCUCAGGAUGGCAUAAACAGGACUGCACUCAGAGAAAUAAAGCUGUUGCAGGAGCUGCAGCAUGUUAACUUGAUUGGAUUAUUAGAUGUAUUUGGACAAAAAUCAAAUGUAUCUUUAGUGUUUGACUUUAUGGACACUGACUUAGAGAUAAUAGUUAAGGACAGCAACAUUGUGCUCACCCCAGCUAAUGUGAAGGCUUACAUGAUCAUGACAUUGAGUGGUUUAGAGUAUCUACAUCAGAACUGGAUACUACACAGAGAUUUGAAACCAAACAAUUUAUUGAUAAAUCGUGAAGGAAUACUGAAAAUUGGUGACUUCGGUCUUGCCAAGGCUUUUGGGUCUCCCACCAGAAUAAAUACACAUCAGGUGGUGACCAGAUGGUACAGGUCACCGGAGCUCUUAUUCGGGGCUCGGCAGUACGGCACAGGUGUGGACAUGUGGGCCAUCGGCUGCAUCUUAGCAGAGCUCCUGCUCCGGGUACCCUUCUUGCCUGGAGAGUCAGACUUGGAUCAGCUGACGCGCAUAUUCCAAGUGUUUGGAACACCUAAUGAUGAGAAUUGGCCUGGCAUGAAGGGGCUGCCGGACUACGUGCAAUUCAAGCAGUUCCCAGCGCAGCCGCUGCGGCACAUCUUCAGCGCGGCGGCCGACGACCUCAUACAACUGCUCGAGAGCCUGCUCGUGCUGUUCCCGCCUAAACGCUGCGACUGCACGCAGGCGCUGCAGAUGCCGUACUUCAGCAACAAGCCAGCCCCAACAGUGGGCAACAAGCUCCCGAUGCCCUCGAGUUUCACGAAGGUCGAGACGGAGAAGCCCACACUCAAGAGGAAACUGCUGGACAGUAUCGAUGGCGGUUCCCUGCCUAAGAAACUGCUCUUCUGACAGCCGCCAAAACUUAGUACAAUCACAGGGACUGCUAUAUAAAUCAUUUAAAAAUGCAACUUGAGAGGUACGCUUGUUUUCUUACGUGAAUGAUUCAUGUACAUGUUCUAAAUUCAAAAUGCAACUUCUUUAAUGUUACUUUUUUUGUAAUAACAUACAAAAUCCACAUCUAGAAAGAGUCUACCUAUAUUUCGUUUUUUGACGUAAUAACAUCUUAUAAAUUGAUGAACACCGGUAGCAUGCACGAAAAAGUGUCACGUUGUUGACAAAUCUCCCUGGUAACGUCGUGGACGGAUCUCCAUGGUAACGUUACGUAAUGUAAUGGUAAUGUUUUCUUAUGACGUUAUUACGCAAAAUUAUCGUCCGUAAACCGACUUUACAGACAACCCUAUUUUUUUAGCAUUAGAAAGAAGGGAACCGGUAAAAAAUAGACACGUCAAGAUUGUGAUGUUCAUGCGGUUAUUCUUAAGGAAGGUUUAGGUGUAAAAUAGUUAACCCGUACGAAAUCGGAUCGGGUCGCUAGUGCUAAAAAAAUGAAGCACAGCUUAAAAAGUGCAAUUUGAAUUUAGAAAUGGAAAAGGUUGGAAGCCCUGUUCACUCGAUUAUUCGUCACUUGUUACUAAACAAAUACGUUCAGGUUUGUAACUUUGAUAAAACUUGAGCUGCAUUGUCUUGUGAAUAGGGUAUCAAAUCUGAUAUCAAUGAAAUGAAAUUCUUGAUAGUAUUAAGUGAUUUUAAGUUUAGUCGGGACUUUGUACAAUCAGACCUAUAGUUUUAAUAUAAUGCAUUUGUUUCUUUUAUAUUGAAAAUACACACUUGAUUAUUUUGAGGAAAGAUGAAAAAACUGCAUUUUAAGUAAACAAAAGUAAAUGUAUUUUAACAGA